UCGCACGUUGCCACGUUGUUGAGAGAUCCUCCAAAGUUCCUCCUCUAAGUCAAACUUCUCUUUUACCUUUGUUUUACUUCAUCUCUGUCUUUCUCACUGCAAGUUCUCCUUUUUGCUGCUGCUGCUUUAGUAUUUGGGAUCUACCUUCUACAGCCCUGCUUCAACAUCUGUAGAUAUGGCAGCCAGCAGUAGCCAGAACGGAAUUCAACUCUUGUUAACUGCAGAGCAAGAAGCUCAGCGCAUUGUCAAUGCUGCUAGAACUGCAAAACAAGCAAGACUGAAGCAGGCGAAAGAAGAGGCCGAGAGGGAAAUUGCUGAGUUCCGUGCUCAAAUGGAAGCCGACUUUCAGAGGAAGCUGGCAGAGAGCAGUGGAGACUCCGGUGCUAACGUCAAGCGCCUUGAACAAGAAACUGAGGCAAAGAUCCACCAUCUCAAGAUAGAGGCUGCAAGAAUCUCCCCGGAUGUCGUCUCCAUGCUUCUUAGGCAUGUUACCACUGUCAACCCCCCCCCGCGGACGUAUAUUGUGCAAAAUGUUUGUACUUCGGUGUAUUUUUUCUGCCCGUUUGCUUCAAUAAGAUGAUUUGGUUUAUGUUUCCCAUGUCGAUGAAGAACUAUGUAUCAUUUUGUUGUUGAGAUGCUAAAUCCAAUCAUGCACUCGGACUAUGUUUGUUUUUAA